AUGGGCGACAACGAGGCUCUCCGAGAAGUUUUGUUAGAAAUUACUUCUGACAAAACCUCGUUAGAAAAGUUGAAAUGGAGCGUCGGCAUUUCUUUGCGCUGGAUCAUCAGCCAGCUCCACAGUUUGGACAAGUACAAAGUCAUGGAGCUGAUGCACAAAAGCUCAGAGGAAUGUUUUCACCUGGCUAUGAAGAUUUUAGAAUCACAAGGAAACCCAGUGGCGUUAAAGGCACCAGAAGCUAAAGAUAUCUCAGAAUACACCUGGAAGAUGUUUUUGCAUGUACAAAGUUUGACAUGGGACGAAUACAACACAUUUGUCUCCUCAAUGGGAGAGGAGUUAGAACAGAUCUGGAAACGCAGACUGGAUGCAGCGGACCAGUCCCAGACAGUGCAGCUGGUGGAGACUCUGUUCCAUCAAGACCCGAUUGCAUUCUCUCUGAUCCUGGAGGAGAUGUGUGCUCUGAAGGUCAUACAGAAGUUUGCUGAUGCCAAAGGAGCAGGAGGAGCAAGUGAAGUAUUUGGAAAAUUGAGUGACAGAGAAUUGGACAAACUAAGGCCUUAUUUGAAGUACUAUUUGCCGCACAUUUCUUCUCAUGAACUUAAGAAGACCGGUGGUGACGGCAUCGUCCGCCUGAUGGAGAAAAACGCACAUCUCAGCUUCAAAGAGAUGAUUGAAAAAGUGUUGAAGCGAAUGGACAGGACUGACCUCGUGUGGAGGUUAUCACCUCCAUCAGAGCAGCAGGACCCUCCAUCAGAGCAGCAGGACCCUCCAUCAGAGCAGCAGGACCCUUCAUCAGAGCAGCAGGACCCUCCAUCAGAGCAGCAGGACCCUCCAUCAGAGCAGCAGGACCCUCCAUCAGAGCAGCAGGACCCUCCAUCAGAGCAGCAGGACCCUCCAUCAGAGCAGCAGGACCCUCCAUCAGACCAACCAGAAAGAAGAGCCCCCCCUGCAGGCCUGGAGAGAGAGUACACUGUGCUCAGUGUGUUCCUGCAGCACGGUCUGCAGACUCUGUAUAAAGUGGCUCUAGUUUUGUCCAACAUGGGUCUGAGAGACGAGGCACAGAGUCUGAUCCACACUCAUCCUCAACACAGCGCAGAUACAAGGUGA